AUGGGAAGUCUUUGUAAUAAAACUUAUAUAGAACGCCCGCAGAUAAACAGAAGGUCUGCUAAACGGCACACCUCUAUCCUAAGCAUAAAAUCCAUGUAUAACUCCGGCAAAGUUUUAGGCACGGGGACUUUUGGAAUAGUCAGAGUCGGUUGACCAAAAUCCAACCCACAUCAUAAAGUAGCAAUAAAAUCUAUAGACAAAGGACUCGUAAAAAACUUCGAAGUACUGCGAACUGAAGUCGAAAUUUUGGUCGGACUUGACCACCCGAACAUUAUCAGACUUUAUGAAAGCUACGAAGAUGAUCGAUAUUUUCACAUUGUUAUGGAAUUAUGCGAAGGCGGUGAACUCUGAGACAGCCUCUUAAAUAAAGGACACUACAAAGAAAAAGAUGCAGCUGAAUUAAUGAUAAAAAUACUUACUGCCCCCCCCCAUCCUUGAUCGAACGAUUUUCAUAUCAUGCAAAUUUUUAUAUGUUAAAAAAUAUAUUAGUUAUCAAAAGCUUGGGAAGAUGCACCUAAUGAAGUUGUUUUCAGAGCUUUGAGAUGACAGAAAGCUGCACAUCAACUAUUCGAAGUGAUUUAGCCAUCAACCUAGGCUUAAAAACUCAAUAAUCUAAAAAAUAGAGAUUCUUUAAAAUUUUUAAAAAAAACAAAUUUUAAUUCAAUAAGAAACAAAUUAAAAUUUAUACAGUUUAAAAGGGUAACUAAUAAAUCAAAAUAUAUUAAAAAUUUGGUAUUUUUAUGGAAUUAAUUCAAUUUUUUGGUGUAAAAAUAAUUAUUAAAUACUCUUAACCCUCUUAUUUAAAAGUAAAUAAAAAAAAUAUAUAUAUAUUUUUUUUUAGCCCCCAUCCUUGAUCGAACGAUGGCGAGUCGUUCGAUCAAGGAUGGGGGGGAGUUAGAGCAGUCAAUCACUUACACAAAAUUAAUAUAUGCCACAGAGAUUUAAAGCCAGAAAAUUUUAUGUUUGAUAGCAAGGAUCAUGAUGCUGAACUAAAAUUAAUUGAUUUUGGAUUAUCACAGAAGUUUGGCAGCAAUUCGAAAAGCAUGACAUCAAUUGUUGGAACUCCAUAUUAUGUGGCUCCAGAGGUAUUGAAAGGUUCGUAUGGAUUUAUGUGUGAUAUGUGAAGUGUGGGGGUAAUCAUGUUUAUGCUGCUGUGUGGGGAUCAUCCGUUUGUAGGAAAAGACAAGGAGGAGCUGUAUUCUCACAUUUUGCAAGGGAGCUAUGAAUUCAAAUCUGUUCACUGAAGAGGUGUGAGCAGUCAAGCUAAAGAUUUGAUAAGAAAAAUGCUAGCUUUGGAGCCAAAAAAUAGAAUAACUGCUGAAGAAGCUUUAUGCCAUCCAUGAUUUGGCUUUACAGAAACCAACGAAAUUCACGUGAGUCCUGGAAUAAUUGCAUCACUAAAACAUUUCAAGCUUUCAAGCAGUUUCCAAAAAGAAGUAUUAGCAUAUUUUGUUAAUGAAUUAAAUCAUGACCAAAUAAAAGAUUUAAAAGAAGCUUUUAACAGCUUGGAUACACAUAAAAAUGGAUUUAUUACUUUAUCAGAUUUUAUCACAGUAAUCGCUAAUUCUGAAGAACACCCCAAAACAAGAGAAAUUGAAGCAUUAUUUUGAAAUUUAGACUACAAUAAAGACGGAAGAAUAAAUUAUUCCGAAUUUUUGGCUGCGACGCUGGAAUCAAAACACAUCAUUAAUGAAGAAAAAUUAUGGUCAGCUUUUCGGCACUUUGACCCAAAUAAUACAGGAAAAAUCACAGCAAUUUCCUUAAAAAGUGCAUUGAGGAGAGCUGGAAAAGUAAAUGUGGAUGCAGAUGAACUUAUAAGAGAGGUUGAUUAUGAUAAAGACGGAGGCGUCAAUUUUGAAGAAUUUAGAAAAAUAGUCCAAGGAUAA